AGGUAGGUAGGUAGGUAGGUAGGUGUAUAAAUGCCGGAAAGGGGGGAAGAGGAAAAAGAAACCAAACGGAGGGGGAGGGUGAGGCUUUGAGUAAGUAUGCUGGGCAGGUAGGUAUAGGUAUGGUGCAGCUCAGCUUAUAAGUCGCGAUAUUACGUAUGUAGGCGAUGAAGAUAGGUUCACGUAUGACAGAUGACCGUAUGGAUGGAAAUUGGAAAAUAGGAAAUGGGGAUAGAACCAAAAAGGAAACAUGCAGGGUAGUAUAGGGCAGGGCAGGGCAGGGUCAAGGUCCAGGUCCGGGUCCAGGUCCAGGUCCAGGUCUGUAUGUACGUGUGCGUAUGCGUUUAUGUAUGUGUAUACCUACGUCAAGGCGUCGAGGGUGGUGGUGGGUGUGUGGACGUUAGGAGAAGGCGAUGUACAGAGAGGUAAGCUCGGCGGUAUCAUGUGCAUCCGUGCAUGGAUACGCGAUGCAUGGGCGUGCAGUCGUAGCUGGCGAUGGCGACGGCGACGAAGAGGAGGAUCUUGUCGUGUGCCCCCGUUUCUCUCUCUCUCUCCACAGGUAUCCGGAUCUGGAUCUGGGAUUCGCGCGUGUAAGUCUGCCUCUGUUCCGUGUAGGGACGGACGGUGUAGGUGUGCGCUAAGCAGGGCAGAGGGAAGACGACGAUGGCAACGGACUAGGGAAGAAGAAGAUGCGCCAUCAGUCAUCCACAUACAUGAUGCAUACAUACACGAUGCAUAACAAAGAACGAGCGAGCGAGCGGCCGAGCUAGG